AUGCACUACCAGACCGAGUCAUGGGGCUCCUGUAUACCCACAAAAACCUCAAUGGGCAUGGAGGACCCUCUGGAGCACAUAGAGCGGAUGGUGUCGGAGAACGCGGUGGUGAUAUUAAGUAUAAGAAGCUGUUGCAUGUGCCACGCCAUCAAACGCCUCUUCUGCGGCAUGGGCGUUAACCCCACUGUGUGCGAGUUGGACGAGGACCCCAAAGGUAAGGACUUGGAGAGGGCGUUGAUGAGGCGGCUGACGACUUCCUCCACCGUCCCCAUCGUCUUCAUCAGUGGCAAACUUGUCAGCGCAAUGGACAGAGUCAUGGUUUCUCAUAUCAACGGCACUUUUGUUCCUCUUCUUAUAGAGGCCGGGGCUCUCUGGCUCUAA